AUGUUUCUCUUUGUUUGUUUUUUGCAGCAUACCUGGUUCUUCAGUGAUGAGCUGGAUAAGGAAGAGAAGACACCAGAGGACCAGCAGGACAUAGAGCUUGUUCCAAAUAUUGACCACCUCCUGUCUAACAUUGGUAGGACGUUGCUGCUAAAAGACACCUCAGAUUCCACCAACAGUGACUCAGCUAAAUCUAAGGGAACAUCAACAUCCAAGAAAGACCUGAGUGCCAAAGACUUCCUCCCCAUGUCUAUCAUAUCAGCCAUGACCCGGAAGAGACAGAAACACGAGAGCACCUGCCCUGCAGACAGCAGCACUGAUGAAGACUCUGAGCAGGAGUCAAUCAAAGCCAGCAUCUAUGAGGAAAUGAGUGACAACAGAGAGGUUCCAGGGGAGAGAGAAGCAAAACAAAGCAGAUGCCUAUCCCGAAAAUCAAAAGAAGAGACUGGGGAAGUCAGCAUGAUGGAGGGAAAAAAAAAAACCGGAGGAGGACCAAGAAGAACUGAGGGUGGCAGAGGAGAAGAACACCAUUCUUCAGAAGGAACGGGAUAAGAUAGGAGUGGAGGUUUGUAAGAGAAAACAAACAGGUCGGAUUCGGUCUCAGCGCCCUCUGAGCUUCCUGUAUUCACACCACCAGAGUGUGUCAGGGCUCAGAGCCUAAUCGCAGUCGACCAAAUCUUCUUUCUCCACCUGCUCCAACCCACCACAGCCCUCAAAUAUCACUCACAGUCUUACCCAGAGGAAACUGAGAGGAGAAAGAGUGCGACCUCACUCAUUGUAUGUAUAACAGCCGGAAUGGAAAGGAGCAGGGCUUGGGGGCAAUACCUGCCUCUUGUAUGCACAAUCUGGGCCUCUCAACAGUCAAAGAAUCACUUGUUAGAGGUCAAGAGAAGCUGCGUCAGACUGUGUUACCCGGUAGGAGCAGCACGGAUGUCUUCAACAGGACUGCAUUUGUAAAGAGCAGGUCAACUGAUCAGCCCAUGGCCUGUGGACAUGCGGGCUUACCAGAGACACGCUGCAAGAAACAUGAAACACAUAAACAACCCCUUGCCAACUUUAGCCCUGCUCUUUAAAAAGCUUUAAUGCUUUUGUUUUUUCACCUCCUCCUGCACAAGAGGAGGGCUACUAUGGCAGCUACAACCAUAUGACAGCACCGUUCUCAUUACAAGAGUCAAAAGCAUUAUUAAGCACCUACAAACAGGUGCAGCAAAGUAUUUUGAUUGUUUGAGUGUGAAAAUGCCAUUCUGUGCUCCCACCAUCUCACUGAAUAUUAACCCGCUUAUUAUACGGCUACUUGUCAAAUAUAAAAAGUAAUUUUAGUUUAGCUGAAAUUAUUUUACAUUGAUAUUAUCUUAAAGCUUUUGCUAAGAAAAAACUAGCCCAUUACAGUGUACAAAACAAUCAGCCUGGCAAAAAGUCAAAAUUGAGACAUAGGAAUAUACGCUAUCAAGAAUUUUCCUUGAGGGGGAAAGAUUUCCCCACACAGUUUUUACAUCAGGUUGGUUACAAAUUUGCUGCACUGACAAACAGAAAGCUGCUUUGGUUGAAAGUGAUUUCUGUGUGAGCUAUGCUUUAUGCAUUCUUUGCAGCAGUGGUGGCUCCAAGAUUUUUUGUUGGUGGUGCUAAGGGGGGGCUUAACAGUUCAGAGGGGGUGCUAAAAAACUAAUUAAAUUGAGAGAAAGUAAUGAAUGCCUAAGCUUCAGCUAA